AUGCUUCUCGGAGCCUCCUGGCUGUGCGCGUCCAAGGCGGCCGCCGCUGCUGCGCAGAGCGAGGGCGACGACGAGAGGCCCGGCGAGCGGCGGCGGCGGCGGGCGGCGGCCACGGCCGCGGCGGGCGAGGAAAUGGACGAGUCUUCGCUGCUGGACCUGCUGGAGUGCUCCGUGUGCCUGGAGCGCCUGGACACCACGGCCAAGGUGCUGCCUUGCCAGCACACCUUUUGCCGCCGCUGCCUGGAGAGCAUCGUGUGCUCCCGCCACGAGCUGCGCUGCCCCGAGUGCCGCAUCCUGGUGGGCUGCGGCGUGGACGAGCUGCCCGCCAACAUCUUGCUGGUGCGCCUGCUGGACGGCAUCCGCCAGAGGCCCCGCGCGGGCGGCAGCGGCACGGGCAGCGGCAGCGGCAGCAGCAGUAACGGCGGCAGCCCCACUGCGCGCCCCUAUCCGGGCGCAGCCCCCGCGCUAGGGGGCGGUGGCGGUGGCGCGGCAGGCAGUGCCCCCGGUUCCCCAGUCUUUCUCCCCGCGGCGGCGGCGGGCACCAGCGCGGCAGCGGGCAGUGCCACCUCCAGCCUGCGGGAGUUGGCGGCUGCCAGCAGAAGCGCGCCUUUGGCAAAGAAUAUUCCCCAACUUCCCUAUGGAAAAGCUCUCUACAGUUAUGAAGGGAAAGAGCCCGGUGACCUCAAAUUUAACAAGGGGGACAUCAUCAUCCUGCGACGCAAAGUGGACGAGAACUGGUACCACGGACAGCUCAAUGGCAACCAUGGCUUCCUCCCCGCCAGCUACAUCCAGUGCCUCCGGCCCUUGCCACAGACCCCGCCUCAGGGCAAAGCACUUUAUGAUUUUGAGAUCAAAGACAAAGACCAAGACAAGGACUGCCUGACCUUCACCAAGGAUGAAAUUUUGACUGUGAUCAGAAGAGUCGAUGAUAACUGGGCAGAAGGAAUGCUGGGAGACAAGAUUGGAAUUUUUCCUCUCCUGUAUGUGGAGCUCAACGACUCUGCCAAGCAGCUUAUUGAGAUGGACAAGACGUGCUUAGCGGCAGCGUCUGGCUGUGAUGCCUCCUUGCCCUCUGACCCCAGCGCAGCAGCCACUCUGGCCCCAAGUUCCACUUUAAGCAGCACGGGAGCGGUCAGUGCCUUUCAGCGGCGUAUUGAUGGCAAGAAGAAUGCCAAGAAACGCCACUCCUUCACUGCACUCAGUGUGACGCACAAAUCCUCCCAGGCCGUGAGCAAUAGGCAUUCCAUGGAAAUUAGUGCUCCGGUUCUCAUCAGCUCCAGUGAUCCUCGGGCUGCAGCCAGAAUCGGAGAGUUGGCUCAACUGUCGUCCAGUGCUCCAACCCAGGACUCCUCCUCUUCGGCCGGAUCCGCCACCAUGGCUGUCCCGCGAGCUGGUGCAGCGGCUGGCGAGCAGGGAACAUCUCCCAAAGUCCAGCUACCCCUCAACGUGUACCUGGCACUUUACGCCUACAAGCCCCAGAAGACCGAUGAGCUGGAGUUGCGCAAGGGCGAGAUGUACCGAGUCACUGAGAAGUGUCAGGACGGCUGGUUCAAGGGGACGUCCCUGAGGACUGGGGUCUCGGGUGUGUUCCCCGGAAACUACGUGACACCUGUCUCCAGGGUUCCUGUAGGAGGGGCUGGACCACCCCGGAACAAUGUAGUUGGAGGGUCUCCACUGGCCAAAGGAAUGACGACAACCAUCCACCCAGGUGGUGGAAGUCUGAGCAGCCCAGCCACUGCCACCAGACCUGCCCUUCCACUCACCACACCUCAGGCCCAUGCCCAGCACCAGGCAGGCUCUCCCCCAGUGGGCAGUUGUCUGCGACACUCAGCCCAGCCGGCAGCCAGCCAAGCCCGGAGUACCAUCCCAACAGCGGCCCACUCCUCAGCUCAGGCCCAGGACCGACCAACUGCUACCGUGUCGCCCCUGCGGACCCAGAACUCUCCAUCGCGCCUGCCUGCUGCCGGCCUCAGGCCCCACUCUGUGGUGUCCCCACAGCACGUUCACCAACCCCCGAUCCAGAUGGUCAUCGGAGCCCAGUGCCCCCGGCCGGUCAUCCCUCUCACAUCAGCAGCUUCAGCCAUCACACCUCCCAAUGUCAGUGCCGCCAACCUCAACGGGGAGGUUGGAGGGGGGCCCAUUGGUGGUCUGUUGACAUCCAGCCCCACCAACACAGGAUGUAAACCAGAUGAGAAGAAAAAUGAAAAGAAGGAGAAGAAGAGUGGGCUGCUGAAACUUCUGGCAGGAGCAUCUACCAAAAAGAAGUCACGCUCCCCACCGUCUAUCUCGCCAACCCACGACCCCCAGGUGGCGGUGGACACCUCACUCCAGGGCGCCAUGGGGCCCGAAGUGUCCUCGCUGUCCAGCCACGGGAGGGCAGGCUCCUGCCCCAUAGAGAGCGAGAUGCAGGGCGCCAUGGGAAUGGAGCCACUGCACAGAAAGACGGGCUCCUUGGAUCUCAACUUCUCCUUGUCCCCUUCGAGGCAAGUGCCUCUUUCCAUGGCUGCUAUCCGCCCCGAGCCCAAGCCGUUGCCCAGAGAGAGGUACCGAGUGGUGGUCUCGUACCCCCCUCAGAGCGAGGCGGAGAUUGAGCUGAAGGAAGGCGACAUUGUCUUUGUGCACAAGAAGCGUGAGGAUGGCUGGUACAAGGGGACCCUGCAGAGGAACGGCCGCACCGGGCUCUUCCCGGGCAGCUUCGUCGAGAGCUUCUGAGGACCCGCUCUUUGAGGACCCCCCUGCUCGCCAUGGCACCGGAGAGGGGAGAGAGGCCCGCUCCGAGGUCGCAGGUCUCCUGAGAGGCCUUGUGGGCAGAUGGGCGCCAUGUUCCUGGAGAGGGGGGGUGGCCUCAACCAGGCUGGGUGGCUGGGGGGAAGGGGUUUUGAGGUAGUGCCUUCCGCCUACAACCCCCAACAGUGAGCACAUACACUCUGGGGUGGUUCUGCAACGAAAUGCCAGCUCCCUCUGUGUAAAUUGUAAAGAAAAUCUCUUUUAAAAAGCAGAUGACGCUGAGAGUUGAUUUAUUGCUGUAACUUAUUGCCGAUCUGCAGUGUUCUUAUUCGCUGUCUAUGCAAGAUGAGGUUGACAGUGGCAGGAGGGCUGCUGGGAGCAUUGACACUUUUGGCCUGGGGCUGGGAGGGUGGAGGUGGGCACCAAGAGAGUUUGGAGAAUGUCUUCACAGGCCUGCCCUGGGGUUCAAGCGGGAAGUCCAAGUCGCUGUAUCACCCUCUCACCCUCUCUAUAUACCUCGAUAUCCUUCCACCUGGCCAUUGGGCAAGGGUGUUCGUGAACAAGAGGUGCUUUGUCAGAAGGGUGCUGACUGAUGGGCCCCGGGGAUCCCUCAAGAAGCCGACCGCAGGCCUCUUAUUGGGGAUGGGAAAUACGAUCCUAUUUGGCUUUGUCUCCUGCCGAUAUUAUACGUCACAUUUUUUGGGUUGGCCACCACUGUCCCUUUCCAUUGCUUCUUUCUUAUGACGUAUCUUUUUAAUGUAAAGCUAUUAGACUUUAUAUAUUUCUAAUAGGUUGUACAUUGCCUAUUUUUUCAUACAUCUGGUGCUGCCUUUUUGUAACACUUGGUUGAGCUUGAAAGAAAACAAUGCCUGAGGCGACAUCAAAGAGGCAGAAUUUUUAUAUUUACCAUAUGAAUUUUGGAGAAGGCCGAAAAGCCCAUGUCCUGGACAUCAAAAUGUUGGCUGGUGCUCCACGGGGUAAGAGAGAAUCCAUUUAGGUGUGUGUUGGGGCGGGGGGAAGUUUGGGAAAAGCCAGUUUCUUGAAACCCUUGCCAAAACCCCGUGCUCUGUCUAGAUGGUGAUCAGUGUUACCCAAGAAGUGGGAACAUUGCUCGGAAGGGUCCUUGUAAUUGCCUUUUAUGUAGCAGUAAAGAGGACACUGCAGGUCUGCCCCAGCCCAGGAAGGCAGGAUUUUCCUUUGUUAAUGGCUGCAGAGAGAAUGGCUGCAAUUAGCAUUACCCAAAUGUGAUUUCUUGCUAUAGAAAUGUGCAGUUUUUACCCCAGCUCAGACUCACCGCCUUGUGAAGGUUUCUCCCUCUUCCUUUUUUCUUUAAUGAAUAGAUGCUCCCAUAUCAGGGCAGUGCAGACCUUCAUCUGCUAGAGACUUAAGUACAAGGAAGAGAAGCAAGGAGAUUCGAUGCAUGGAUGCAGACUUCGAGGAUCAAGUUCAAUAGCUGAGCUCCAAGGGGAGAGAGGAGGAAAGGGCAGCUUUGACUGUGAGUUCUUCAACUAAGAGGAGUUGAAGGAAACUUAACUCAUUACUACAACAGCUCUCUUCCGCAGACACUGACGAGUGGAGCCCUGGUGCAAGACAGUUUUAUUCUCAAGAGAUUCACACCUUGGGAAUACAGUUUAAUCAGUUCAGAGUCACAAUUGGUAACCCCUCUCUCUUCAUAUAUUUUUACAAAAAUUACUCAGACUUAAAUUAGGCUGAAAAAGUUAGCCUUUGGUAGCACAGAGUCUCCCUGGUUUUCAAGGCUAUAACAAAUUCUAGAAACACAGUCUCUUGCCUGGCAUGAAACCUUUGAAAUACUGAACGCUUAUUUUCGGAGUUCCUAUUUUGGGAUGUGACUUGGCUAUUUGUUACUGCCAGGUGGCUACCAUACUCACAAGAUCAUACUUCGAGCAAGGCUCUUUUUCUCAUUCCAGAUGAAAAUAGAUUUUAAGAAAUUUGUUCUGAAACGAAGAAGAAAAAUGUGCUUUAAACAUAGAGAGCCUUGUGUGCUGAGUUCAUCAAACCCACAAAGUAUCUAUUCGCCAUCGGUUGCCAAAUUAGUUGCCUAACACACACAGAAAUCAUGUACGUGUUCAAAAUCAUAUUGCAGUCAAGAACGGGCAUGAAUUAACACAGUGAUUGAGGCGCUUGUUCUCCAGUAAAACCGGAAUUAACUCAAGUCUCCGGAUAAUAAGGAAAAUCUUUUUAAAAAAGAACUAAGGCAGCUACCAAGUAACAGAGCAGACCAAUCUGGACUUUAAUUUCUCUCGCAGCCACUGCCCACACAGUGGUGGUGUUAGGUGUGUCAAGUCCAUUUUUUACUCAUAGUGACCCAUGUGACAGAGUACAACUGCCCCACAGGGUUUCCUAGGCUGUAAUCCUUACGGGAGCAAAUCACCGGGUCUUUCUCCCAAAGAGCCACUGGGUAGGUUCAAACCGCCAACCUUUCAGUUAGCAGCCGAUCGCUUAACUGGGGCUUACCGGGAAAUGUGGUCAAAAGCAUAAUCACUGUGGAGAGAGGCAACAGCCCGUAGGGGCCUAAACACCCCAUACCCUUCCUAGCUGAAAGUUGGGUCAAGGAGCCAGAUCUCUUUGGAAGACAUCACUUGGUCCCCUCUCGUGGCAGAGCCAGUGGGUGGACAUUGUUACACCUGGGGAGGGAGAAGGAGAACUCGCAGCAGCACGAUCCCUUGGCGUCCUGAUCCAGCCAGCACACAAGGCCAUUUUCAUACUGGGUUCUCUGGGAUCCAAUGCCCGGCUGCCAGAAAGCAGGAGAAAGGCACAAUCAGGCAGAAUGUCUCGUGAUGAGUGUUUGAAAACACAUUCAAUCUGCCAACCUUGAAGAUUUAAACUCAGAGAAGAGCAGGAGUAGAAUGAGUCCUUUUCUUUGGGCCAUCUUGCCUUGAAGGGCUAUUUGGCUAUUAAGAUGAAACCAAUAUCUGGCUUGAAACCCUGAUGUUCCAACCGGGGGCAGCAAUUUAUACACGUUAGUUGUGGAGCAGCAUCUUGGUGGCCCAGGCACUUUGCUUUGAGAGCACAGUACAGCGUCUGCAGCCACUAUAGCCCGCAGAAACUGAUGUUACCGAAAACAGUGCAGGCCACCAGAGGACUGGCGGCCAUUAGAUGGCAUGAGUAGAGCCAAGGGAAGGAAGGCAGGCGGGGGGAUGGCAUGUGAGCGCUUCCCCUGGGCAAAAGGCAUUCUCUUGGCCGCCUUGUGAUGCGAAUGCUAGCUAGUCUUGUGUGCCCCAAGCUCAGCUGACUGAACGGAGAAAUUCUUUGUACUUUGCACAGUUCACACACACACAAAAAUGUUUUUGUCAAACACAAAUGUCAGCGUGUGAUUUUGGAAGAAUUGACAGUGAUGACAAAACUAUGAUGCCUGUGUUUCUGAGUCUUUAAAUAAAAAUGAACAUGGAGACAUCUCAUGUCAAAUAACUUCUUUUCUGGGAUGUGGAAGCAGUGUGGUACAGAGCAGAGGCUGUAAGGGCCUGAAGAGAAAGACCCCAGCCCUAAUGAGGAAUAGCAGUAAAAAAGGCCCCCAACUGGGGCAGGCACCACACUCGUUCACUUUGGCCAACUCCGUGAGUUGGAUUGGUGGCGUGCUUACAUACCUUCUGCCUCAGUGCGUUUCCCCUGUGGGAGAACACCCACAUUUCUAUCACAGCAGGCAGGCUGUCUAGAAGAUCUGGGGGAUUUUGGCCAGCAGGUGACAUCCUAUGGCCAUAUGGAG